AUGCCACCAGGGCUGUCAGACCUAGUUAUAGACACCCAAAUUCGCGUGGAUUUUCAUCAAACACUCCAUCAAACCACUCACCACCGGUUUACCUUCGAGUGGGUCACUUUGCCGGGAAGGUAUACCCGCCGUCGCGAGAGAGAAGAUGUUUGGAUAAAGGGCAAGCUACUGGGGCGUGGCUCCUAUGGCAAUGUGUAUCUGCACCAGUGUUCGACAGGCGAUGGGGGUGGGACUAAAUACCAGGCCGUCAAAACGAUUGACAAGGCCCAAAUGGCCGCUCACAGGAUUAACUACCACAAAGAGGUAGAGGCCAUCGCCAAGUUCUCGCAGCAAAAGUACCACGGGCUGUUCGUCGAGUUCUUGGGAUGGUACGAAAAUGAUACAUCGUUGUUCAUUGCCAUGGAAUAUAUUGAGCAUGGGGAUCUCAGCUCCCAUCUAAAACAACCACUACCCGAAGAGGAGGCCAGGUCAAUCACAUUCCAGUUGGUAGAGGGGCUCAUGUUUCUCCACGCCAAUGCUUUUGUGCAUAGAGAUGUCAAGCCAAAGAACAUCUUUGUGAUUCAAAUCGGCCCUGAAUGGCGUGUCAAGCUCGGGGACUUCGGUAUAAGCAAGCGCAUGAGCGAGGACUCCAGCAUCUGUAGUUUGGUUGGAACGAGGCCAUUUAUGGCACCUGAGAUGCAGGGGUUCCUGCCUCCAGAAGAAGAGGAAGGGAGUCUAGCCUGGCGCUUUACAGAAAGCAUUGAUAUGUGGUCCCUCGGUGUGACCACAUACUUCCUACUGUUUCACGAGUACCCUUUCUCGCUAGAGGAGAUAAUUAAGCUCAGACGAUACGUUGAAGGAAGCGAUUUCCCGUUUCCGGGGGCGAUAACUCCGUCUUUGAGUUUGGGGUGUCGUCAGUUUCUCGAAGCAGUGAUGGGACGAAAUCCUCGAUACAGAAUGUCUUCCAAGGGAGCCCUGGAAAGUGAAUGGCUGAGCCAAAUAUAUGCGGACCAUCCCGAGGAGAUACCGUUUUUGGACGUCGAGACUCAUGACAGCUCUCAGCACAUACCCCCCAUACCCGACCAGGAGAUCCUUUCAGCCCUUUUCCAGUGUGAGCCCGGAUCAAUCCAACCUCUCGGUGAAUCGGUUGUUCUCGCAAGCCUGGCUCAGGAUGUAGCUCAUAACACAUCUUCGACAAUUGAUGAAGACACACCUCUAGUUCCUCCUCAGCAUGAAAUCGAAGACCCCAGCCCUCCCUAUGAGAUGAGCUGGGAUGGCACUCACUACGCACCUCUAUCACCCAAUCAAGAUAAUACCUCGGUUUCUUCCGAAUAUGAACCCGAAGAUAUCAAACCUGCUGUGGCUAGCUCGACUAGUGAGGAGACUCCAUACGCAACUCCCAUAUCCAACCGUGAAAAUGGUGUAUCUGUAGCCUUCAACAAUGGGGAGCUGAUGAAUACAAACCUAGAUAUGCUUCUCGCCCCCAAAACCUUGGAGCCUCCACAAAAUGAUCUCACAAUACGAUCAAAGAUACUCCAUAUUAAUCCACCUGGUGCUGACAACUGCGAUUCCGAGGAACCUGUCAGUCAUGAGAGUGUCGAGGAGGUCCAACCGGAAGCUUGCGGCGCAGGCUCAACGGCCGAUUCGACCACUGUGGAGGCUAAAAGCCCAGAAGUGGCGUUUGUUUUACCGUCGCCUCGAAGUGGAGAUCAGACCCCGGAAAAAAGUUUGUUCCCAAAUGGGACAAGGAAUGCAAUAUCCUUUGGUACCCGAUUGAAAUAUGAUUUGAAAUCUAAGUCGUGGACAGCUUCUGAGGAUAUUGUUGUUUCUCCGGACGAGAGUCACACUGGGAAUUCCAACAAUGAGGAGCAAAAGGCUUUCUCUACAGCGGCUUCUCCAUCUCGCUCUCUCAUCACAGAAAGUGAAGCUGCAGAUCUGCAGUCGAUUAUCGCGGGCCUAUCUCAUCUCUUUGGCGAAGAGGAGUGGUUAAAUGACGAAAAACCACAUUGGAUAAAACAAUACGAAAAAGCCGCGGAGUUGCUUGAGGAUAACUUCACAGUCCAGAGGGAUGCCCUUGGAAUGACGAACGAAGCAACACUGAAAACAGCCUAUCAUGUCGCACAAGUCUGUUCUCGAUUGAGCAGAUUGGAGAAGGCAUCUGUAUUUUUUAAAUACUCAGCCAAAUGGCAGCAUGAAACUCUUGGGCCAUAUCAUCCUGACACCCUCCUAUCCUUACAUGGAUUUGGCUGUGCAGAGAUUAAACGGGGCAAUUCAAAAGAGGCCGAAGCAAUUCUCAGAAAAACACUCAAUGCCCAACAAGCGGUUUUGGGACCCAAACACGACAAUACCAUUCAUACAAGUUAUGACUUUGCCCAACUACUCUUUUCCCAAGAGAAAUGGGCGGAGGCACGGUUUCACUUUCAGUCUGUUAUAACUCAACGACGAGGCACAGCCGGAGAAGCGACAAAAGUUAUGACCAGAUGUUUGGGUCGAAGCGGCUUUGCUUCGUUCGAACUCAAAGAGUACGACCUGGCAGUGGGAUUCUUGACAGAAGUACUGGACACCUUGAAAAAGUCUCCUAAAUUCUCCCGCAAAUACAACAUCCAAGUAGCCUCUGUACUGGGCGAAUCUCUCUACUACCUGGGACAAUACCCCGAGGCGAGAGCUAUCCUUGAAGAAGCUGUUUCGAUCAGUAAAUACUUGGGAGUGACAGGGCACCACGAUUUGAACCCCUUAAACCUGCUUGCUAAAUGCCUAUUUCAAAUGGAAGAUUACAGCAGCGCGGCAAUUGUCUGUGAAAAUCUAGCCGAGGAGCAGAAAAUAAUCUUUGGCCCGACACACCAGGAGACAUUAAAAUCUUUGUACAACAUGGGGAUAGCAUACGAAAAGAUGGGAGAGCACGAGGACGCAGACGCAGUGCUCACGAACGUCCAAAGACUUGGAUUAGAGGAUUCUGGGUCUGGAAUUGCUGUUGGUUUGCGCGCCAGUCACAACCUCGGCCUCAUGCAAUAUAAUAUGAAGAAUUACGAACUAGCUCAAAAGCACUUUGAGCUCGCGGCAACUAAACGGGCCAGAUUAUACGGCUCCACAGAUGAAGAGGCUCUGGAUAGUCGCUUUUGGAAUUGUCGUGCGCUGAUCGAGAUGCAGAAAUAUGUUGCCGCCGAAGCUAAUUGCUGCCAGGCUUUGGAUUAUGAGACCGAGGCUUAUGGAAAUCCUCUGGACCACACGCUGGAGAACCUUGAACAGCUUGUAGUCGCAUUUUCCGAGAGAUCUUUACUUGAAAAGGCGGCUUUCCUGGGUGAAUUGUUGGUGCAGAGAAGGAAGGAGAAGAACGGAGAGAUGGACUCAACCACUCUCAAAGCAGAGGAGCUACUCAGAGAUAUCCGUCUCUCUAUGAAGAGAAAGGAGGAAGAGUUGGAAGCGGAACAGGAGAAGGUGAACCAGAGGGCGCGACAAAGAGAGCAAUUGCGACAAUCUGAACUGGAGAAGUUAAAGGAAUUGCAAAUGGAAUUGACGAUGAAGGAGCAGAAGAGUCGAGGCUCGGCAUGGCCGAAGUCUUUGAGGGCGAAGAUAAAGGCCAUGAUGGAUGAUUAG